AUGUCAGCAUUAAAAUUUUAUCUCCUACAUACUGAAGAUAAAUCAAAGUGGUACAAUUAUGUUGUUUAAUAAUUGACAGAAAAAAAAAUUUAUUUCUAAGAAUCUAACUAAAUUAAGGAGACUCUGAAGCUCUACAAAGAGGAUGAAGACAAUUCCUUUAUAUUUAUUGACAUAUUUAGUACUUUUUCUUCUUUUGAACUAGAGGAGCUUAGAGGAACAAAAUCAUAUUGUGUGAUUUAAUGCAAAUUUGAAUUAUAAAAAACAAAAGAAAGAAUAACUGGAUAAAAAAUUAAAGAAAUCUCAGUUAAAGGUUAAAGCAUUCUAAAAUGCAUAUCUAUUUUUUCAUUUAUUUCUAAUUAUGAUCCAAUAAUUGAGAUUAAAAGUAUAGCUUCAAAUCAUAUCAAUGCUCGUCUUGCCAGUAGUGAGUCAUAUGUUCACUUUGAAAUAGUAGAACCAUCUUUAUUUUAAGGGUAUCGCUAUUGUGUUGAUACUGACUCAGAGAGCUUGUGCUUUAUGAUUUUCAAUGAUAAUCCUGUUGUAAAGCAUGUAACAGAAGAAAUAAGCUAAUUUAUUAAUGAUAAACUUAAUUUAAGAGAUAAUACUUAGGAAAAUGAAUAUUUUGAAAAAUUGAUUUAUUUGAAAAAAAUGGGAGAACUCUGCAAAGAAGCUAUGGAAAAUAAAAGUAGCUUACAUUUAAAGCCUAUUUUUAUAACUAAACAAAUUGAGUAAUAGCACAAAGAGAAGUACAUCAUGCUUAAGUAAGAAUUAGCAGCAGAAGCAGUUUCUAUAUAACCCACAAUUGUAGAUAAUUGCAUCGCUGAUUCGAAAAUAGCACCUCCUAUUUAAACUGUGAAUAUAGAUACAAAAUUCGAUUAAUUAUUUGGGUAAAAAGUAUAAUUUUGCACAACUGGAACAGCUGCAAUUAAUUAAGAAGCCUUAUUUGACCCACUUAAAAAACUUAAAAAUUCUUACUUUUCAUCUUUUUAUACAUCAAAUGCGAAUAAAGGAAGAGUUAUCUAUAACUAAAAUAAAUCUGAAGGAGUACACUUCUAUUCUGAUAUCUAAGAAUUAGUAAACCGCUUUGACGGUAUUGCUUAUAUCCCUUCUUUGCCUGGAAAAAGGAAAGAAUAAGAAAUGCUUAGUUUUAUAUAAGCAGAACACUCUAAGAACUAUGUGCUAGCUGAGAAACCUGCUUUUGCUAAUUAUGAUUGUGCUUAAAAGUUUUUAAAGCUUUCUUAGUAAAUUAAGUAACAAAACUAAUAAUCAGAGUAACAAAGAGCAGAUAGAAUAUUUUUUGGCUGGCAUUAUAUUCACCAUCCUGCUAUUUAAGAUGUAGUAAAAAGAGUACAGGAUGGCGAGUUUGGCCUUAUUAAAAAAAUAUAAGCUCAUUUUGUAAGACCAAAGCCAUUCUCUACAAACGGUAGAAUAUUUGAUCCUAAUUAAGGUGGCUGUGGUCUUGAUAGGUUUUGUUACCCCCUUCAUCUAGCAUUGACGCUCUCAAAAUAUUAAGUUAAAAACAAUAAAGCUUCAUCUGAGGCAUCAUCGCAAAUAGAUUGCUUAAAUGAUAAAUAGUAAUUUUAAGUUAUAAGUUCUACUCAUCUCAGCUACAACGACAUUUACGAUUAGAACAACCCAGUUUUUGAUUAAAUUGAGGGUAGAUUAGAAAGUAAGCUAAUUUUAAACUCAUCUAUAGAUGUGGAACUUUAUUCAAGUAUGGAAACAAAUGAAACAUUUUAUUCAGAAGCACUUAUCGGAUUUGAAAACGAAACAUAAAUAAAAUUAACUUGGUUUAUUCAUCCCCAUGUUCAAAUUAAAGAUUUUAAGCUUUAUUGCGCAUCAAUAAAAUAUCCUAACAAGAAAGCAUUUUAACCUUUAACUCAUAUGACAAGCUUUGAUAAAAAUUUAACUUCUUAUGACUAUUAAAUUUAAUAUAUGGUUAAAUUAAAAAGUGGAUUAACUAAUUAUGACACUUCAUUAGACAGAUUUAAUUUGUGUACAGAAAGCAAUGCUUAUCUCCAUCUUGUUUUAGACUAAAUAUUUAUUUCUUCUGGUUUAAAAGUAAAAUAAGGGUUAUGA